CCGCGAUGCCGCUGCUCGUGGAGGGGCGGCGAGUGCGGCUGCCGCAGUCGGCCGGGGACCUCGUCCGAGCCCACCCGCCUCUGGAGGAAAGAGCCAGACUUCUCAGAGGUCAGUCUGUUCAACAAGUGGGACCCCAGGGCCUUCUGUAUGUUCAGCAAAGAGAGCUUGCAGUGACCUCCCCAAAGGAUGGGUCCAUCUCCAUUCUGGGUUCUGAUGAUGCCACCACUUGUCACAUUGUGGUCCUGAGGCACACAGGUAAUGGGGCUACCUGCUUGACACACUGUGAUGGAACCGACACCAAAGCUGAGGUCCCCUUGAUCAUGAACUCCAUAAAAUCCUUUUCUGAUCACACUCAAUGUGGAAGACUGGAAGUGCACCUCGUGGGCGGCUUCAGGGAUGACAGGCAAUUGUCACAAAAACUUACUCAUCAACUUCUCAGUGAAUUUGACAGACAAGAAGAUGACAUUCACUUAGUGACAUUAUGUGUGACAGAAUUAAAUGAUCGGGAAGAAAAUAAAAACCAUUUUCCAGUAAUUUAUGGCAUUGCUGUCAACAUUAAAACUGCAGAGAUUUAUAGAGCCUCCUUUCAAGAUCGAGGUCCGGAGGAGGAACUACGUGCUGCGCGAGCUUUGACGGGAGGACCAAUGAUUAGCAUUUAUGAUGCAAAGACAGAACAACUUCGCAUAGGACCAUACUCCUGGAUGCCAUUUCCACAUGUGGAUUUCUGGUUGCAGCAAGAUGAUAAGCAAAUACUAGAGAACCUUUCCACUUCACCUCUGGCCGAGCCCCCCCACUUUGUUGAACAUAUCAGAUCUACAUUGAUGUUUUUAAAAAAAUACCCAUCUCCAACUAACACACUGUUUCCUGGAAAUAAAGCUCUACUCUACAAAAAAAAUGAAGAUGGCUUAUGGGAAAAGAGCUCUUCUCCACAAAGCUAAAACCAGGAAUUACCAAAGAAAGCAACUUUUUGGCCUGACAGAGAUCACUGGUGGGGGUUGGAAGAAUCUGAACUUGGAAUCUACACCCAUUGAGUCUUAUGUCUCCUUACUCAGUGUCUUUCAAAUGACUUUCAAAAUAAAAUGUUAUUUUGGCAAAGGCA